UUUAUUAUUUUUUCCUAAAAUUUCUUUCAAUUUUUAAAAACGGAAAAAAAAACUUCUUUAUAAAAAAGUUAAAUAAACGCACAUCGUGAAAAAGAAAAAAAAAGUUAAAUAAAAAAGCAAACGGAAAAACAAUUUGGGUAAUAUAGAAGAGUGAUUUCUGAGAUCUGAAAUUUUUUGUUUCUAAAUCGAAAUUGGGGGAAAACAAAAAGCUAAGAGCAAGAACCCUAACAUAGUAACAUGCGAUCCAAUUGUUGCCAUUUUUCGUUAGCUUUCGUUCUCAAAUUUCUGAAUUUCCUUCAAGCAUUUGUUGGUGUUUCGAUUCUUCUCUAUUCCAUAUGGAUGCUCAAUCAAUGGGGUCAUUACUCUCCUCAACCACCAUUCCCCCAAUUUUCAUUUUCCCUUUCUCGUUCCUUUUCGCCUCAUUUCGUUUCUGAUAUCAACCUUCCUGCUCCUUGGUUCAUCUAUGCUUUCAUGGGUGUGGGAAUAUUGGUGUGCUGCAUUGCUUUCUUUGGUUGCGUUGCAGCUGAGAUUAUUAAUGGCUGCUGCUUGUGUUUUUACACUCUACUCAUCACCAUACUUGUUCUACUUGAGGCUGCUUUAGUGGGAUUUAUUGCAAUUGAUCAUCAAUGGCAAGAGGAUCUUCCGUUUGAGCCAACUGGUCAACUUGAGAGCCUUCGAUCUUUCAUUAAAGAUAAUCAAGAUAUAUGUAGAUGGGUUGGCAUUGCUGUUCUUGUAGUUCAGGCAUUAUCUCUACUGGUAGCAUUAAUUUUGCGAGCCUCAGUUUCUACUCGAAGAGAAGAUUUUGAUGAGGAGGAGGAAUAUGAUGUUAGGGGUAGAAGUAGGGAGCCUCUACUAAAUCCUCAGUCUGGCCAAACAUCUGCGGGAAACCACUCUGAUGUUUGGAGCUCACGGAUGAGAGAGAAGUAUGGAUUGAACAAUGGCGACAAGAACAGCUAUGAAGCGUGAGUUCUAGGCAAUGGAUGCUACUAGUGGUCAAGCAAUUCAGUGAGCCUUCAAUUUUGUUUUUCUCUCAAGAAAAAUCUCAGUGCUAGACAGAGUUUGGUAAAGCUUGAUUGGUGUGUUGAAUGUUGCAGUGUGGAUAGCAAAACUUGGAGAGAAUUCAAAUACUUUUAAAUGUUUCUGGAUUGUAAAAAUAUCUGCUGUUGUCAGCACUUGCUUUGUGCAUGAUAUUUGUCUUAAAAGUUUAAAGGUGGAUCCUUGGGGCUAAAGUAAUAUAUAGUAGAUUAAUAUUA